UCCGACCCCACUCGAGUUUCCCCUCGCCCUGCACAUACGGUGUUAGUAUAUAUAGACCAGUUCUCAAUCAUGGGUACUGGUGAGGGAACACUUCACCCCACCAGUCUUGCUCAGAAGAUCCAGACGGCGACUGGUCCAGAACCUUCCUAAUAUACUGUCAUAAUGUGUGACGACGACGCUACAGCGCUGGUUUGCGACAAUGGUUCUGGUCUCUGCAAGGCCGGCUUCGCUGGUGACGACGCUCCCCGAGCCGUCUUUCCUUCCAUCGUCGGCCGUCCUCGUCACCAGGGUGUGAUGGUCGGUAUGGGUCAGAAGGACGCCUACGUUGGUGAUGAGGCCCAGAGCAAGAGAGGUAUCCUGACUCUCAAGUACCCCAUCGAGCACGGCAUCAUCACCAACUGGGACGACAUGGAGAAGAUCUGGCAUCAUACAUUCUACAACGAACUGCGUGUUGCCCCUGAGGAGUCUCCUGUCCUCCUCACUGAGGCUCCCCUCAACCCCAAGGCCAACCGUGAGAAGAUGACACAGAUCAUGUUCGAGACCUUCAGUACUCCUGCAAUGUACGUGGCCAUCCAGGCCGUGUUGUCCCUGUACGCCUCUGGUCGUACCACAGGUAUCGUGCUGGACUCUGGUGACGGUGUUACUCACACUGUCCCCAUCUACGAAGGUUAUGCUCUUCCACACGCUAUUAUGCGUCUUGACUUAGCCGGUCGUGAUUUGACUGAUUACCUAAUGAGAAUCCUCACUGAACGAGGCUACUCAUUCACCACUACUGCCGAACGUGAAAUUGUCCGUGAUAUCAAAGAGAAACUUUGUUACGUAGCUUUAGAUUUUGAAGGAGAAAUGGCGCAGGCUGCAGCUUCUACAGCAAUUGAAAAAUCAUAUGAGUUGCCUGACGGACAAGUUAUUACUAUUGGAAACGAACGAUUCCGUUGCCCUGAGGCUCUCUUCCAGCCUUCCUUCCUGGGAAUGGAAUCUAGUGGUGUUCAUGAGACAGUGUAUCAGUCGAUCAUGAAGUGUGAUGUUGACAUCAGGAAGGACCUGUAUGCAAACACUGUCAUGUCUGGUGGUACCACCAUGUACCCUGGUAUUGCUGACCGCAUGCAGAAGGAAAUCACUACUCUGGCUCCCUCUACCAUCAAAAUCAAGAUUAUUGCUCCUCCCGAGCGUAAGUACUCCGUCUGGAUCGGUGGUUCCAUCCUGGCCUCACUGUCCACCUUCCAGUCCAUGUGGAUCACCAAGGAGGAGUAUGAGGAGUCCGGCCCCGGCAUCGUCCAUCGAAAGUGUUUCUAGAUCCUGCCUUAUUAUUCAUCAGUAGGCAGUACUUAAUAUUUUUUUUUAUGUUUCUGACUACAACUUAAGAUAUUUCCAAACAAAUGCAUCGGCCAAAAGUAAUGCAUAACCCACAUUGGGUAGUGUGCAUCAGUUCCUGAAAUAAAACAG